UUUGGCAUUUGAGGUUGAAGAAAAUUAAUAUCAUGGCGAUCGAAACAGUGCAAUCCAUUGUACUGAAAGAAAAAAUCCCGGAAGAGUUCAUUAGGUCACAGCAUGAACAACCUGGGAUCACCACCGUUCAAGGGACCGUUCUUGAGGUCCCAGUCAUCGAUUUGAACGACCAUGAUCAGGAAAAAGUCCUGAAUUUGAUCGUUGAUGCGAGCCAGAAAUGGGGGAUGUUCCAAAUUGUGAACCAUGGAAUCCCUUUUCAGGUUUUAAGCAAAUUAAAAGAAGUCGGGAAGGAGUUUUUUGAGCUUCCACAGGAAGAGAAGGAGGUUUAUGCUAAGCCUCCCGAGUCUAAAGGCAUAGAAGGCUACGGAACAAAGCUUCAGAAAGAAUUACAAGGCAAGAAAACUUGGAACGAUCAUUUGUUUCAUAAGAUUUCUCCACCAUCAGUUAUUAAUUACCGAUUUUGGCCUAAAAAUCCUCCGUCUUACAGGGAGGCAACAGAAGAAUAUACGAAGUGGCUGCAUGGGGUGGCGGAGAAGCUUUUAAAGAGCUUGUCGUUAGGAUUAGGGCUUGAAGAAGACGAGGUGAAGAAGGCUUUGGGUGGUGAAAACCUUAUUUAUCUUCUGAAGAUAAACCAUUACCCGCCGUGUCCUCAGCCGGAGCUGGCUCUUGGUCUGGCGGAUCACACGGACAUGUGCGCCAUCACUAUUCUUUUGCCAAAUGAAGUCCAGGGCCUCCAGGCCUCCAGGGAUGGCCAUUGGUACGAUGUCAAGUACGUUACCAAUGCACUUGUCGUUCACAUUGGCGAUCAAAUGGAGAUUUUAAGCAAUGGGAAGUACAGGGCUGUGCUCCACAGAGUCGCAGUGAAUAAGGAGAAGACAAGACUCUCAUGGCCAGUGUUCUUAGAGCCAGCAGUGGACCUGGAAGUAGGGCCUCAUCCAAAGCUCGUUGAUCAAGAAAAUCCUGCGAAAUACAAGACCAAAAAAUAUGGUGACUAUGCUUAUUGUAAGCUUAACAAGAUUCCUCAAUAAGUCACUCACCAGCUGUCCAUCUAGUCUGAUUAAUAACAGUAAUUAAGAUAAUAAAUAUAAUUAUCUUAAUUACCACUCUGUGCCCGUAAUUGUCGUUUGAUUUAGUAAUUUUAAGUAUUUAGCGAUAAUGUUCAAUUGGGUCAAUAAACCAAGUAGAGAUACAAACGUUACGUUAAUUGUUGGUUCAGUACAAAGUGUUUCUUGUCGACAUUUUAUGUAAACAGGACAACCUCAUUGUCAAUAAGAUUAUCAAAUAAAAUAAUA